AUGCAUAUUAACCGGGCUUUCACGAAAGUGAGUGUGGGAUAUGAUCUGCUACAUGUUCGAAAGGCAUGGGAGGAGAAAUCCCUAGGCGAAGGAGGGAGGGCGCUGGAGAAGUUCCGCUUCAACCUGGAGAGGAAGGACUGGACUUUGGGAUGGGAUUACGGCGAGGAGGGAAUUACCAUCAAGUACUUGUUCGAUCAAGAGACGAAGACGCACUUCGUAUUGACUGAGGCCCAGCUGGAUUUCGAGUGCUACUGGACAUUUCGACAAUAUCAAGACCACGCCAUGCCGGCCACUACCGAUUGGUUCUCGGAUAUGAAGGAAUACACAAUCAUUCAGCGACUAACGGACGCCUGCUAUGUGGUACACCAGGUGACAAAGCCUAAACUUGGAGGCUUCUUCGCUAGUCGGGACAUGGUCCUUCUCACCUAUUUCGACAAGAUCGAGGACACGCAUUUCAUAUUCUUCAGGAACACCGAAUGGCCCGGCCUGGAACCGAGGGACGGUGUGGUCAGCAACCCCUGGCCUGACAACACCACCUGGUGGCUGGCCGCGGACCCACCCAACCCCAAGACCUCCACACCACCUUACAACCCCAAGACCUGGAACCAAGACCUGGACUUCAACAACCUCUGA